AUGGCAUCCCAAAUAGCCAAGGCUAUACCUAAAAGUCUGCCCAAACCACUUCCACUUGACCAGCGGAAGCAGAUAUAUCUACCAGAUUUCGUGCUCACACUCAUACGAACACCCUUCCUACCGCCUCGAUAUGCCUCCUUUUGGGUUCCUCUUACGUUUAACAAGCUUGAUAUGAAAGAUUAUAUGAAGAGAGUUUACAAUGUCGAUGUUAUCAAAGUACGAAGUUAUGUCGAACAGCAGAAGGUUACGCGUGAGCUUCCCCGAGGAAGACAAGGUGCCGGGCCAAUGCGACGACCGGAGGCCAAGAAGAAGAUGACGAUUGAGAUGACCGAACCCUUCGUGUGGCCCGAAGAACCACGGGACUUUGAACAAUGGGAACAAAAGACCUUCUUCGAAGCCAAGAAGAUGCAGGAAGACUUCCAGGCCUCAUAUGCUCAUGAUGCGCCAAUGAAGGCUCCUACACGGAAGCGAGAAUUGCUGGCCAAACAAGCAAAGCAAGUCCUGAAGGGCGAAGAGCAGUGGCAACCAACUUGGCAAGCGCUUGGCCUGAACUCCCAGAGGCCGGUAUUCAAAAGCGAGGCCCUUCAGCCAAAGGAAGCGCCAAAGGCACAGGAACCCGCUCGGACAUCGUGA